UGGCAAGAACAGGGGAGAGAGAGAGACUUGGGCCCUCCGCUUGGCAACAUAUAAAUUUCCAUUUUGAUCUUCUCAUCAGUUCUCACUCUUCAUUCAGCCAUGACUGGUUGUUAAGCUUUGCGUGCUCUUCACAUCUUUCUCUUACAGGAGAGCGUUGAGUUUUGAUUUUCCCUCUGAAGAGACUUUUUCAAUCACGACGGAGAAGACGUAUUUCUAUGUUCAGGAGAAAACUACGAAGAACUUGUAAAAUCCAAGGAUUACUAACUAGCUAGAGACAUGUUGCCAUCCAUGGUGAUGUGGAUGUGGAUUCCUCUAUUACUUUUACUACAGAGUAGUAGAGGAAUUGGAGGAGUUUCCGAUUUCUUGAUUGGUCUUGGAAGUUAUGAUAUCACAGGACCUGCAGCUGAUGUUAAUAUGAUGGGUUAUGCUAAUACAGAUCAGGUUGCUUCUGGUGUUCAUGUCAGGUUGAGAUCCCGUGCAUUUAUAGUGGCUGAGCCUAAGGGAAACAGGGUAGUGUUUGUGAAUCUCGAUGCUUGCAUGGCUUCUCAAAUUGUCACGAUUAAAGUGCUUGAGAGAUUGAAUGCUAGAUAUGGAAACCUCUAUACAGAGAAGAAUGUAGCUAUCAGUGGUAUUCACACCCAUGCUGGUCCUGGUGGUUAUUUGCAAUAUGUUGUAUACAUAGUCACAUCACUUGGAUUUGUUAAACAGUCAUUUGAUGCCCUUGUUGAUGGCAUUGAACAAAGCAUCAUUCAAGCUCAUAACAAUCUUCAACCUGGAUCAGUAUUUAUUAACAAAGGGGAGCUUUUAGAUGCCGGUGUCAACCGCAGUCCUAGUGCUUAUUUGAAUAAUCCUGUAACGGAACGCAACAAGUACAAAUAUGAUGUUGAUAAAGAUAUGACACUCCUAAAGUUUGUGGAUGAUGUAUGGGGCCCAGUGGGGAGCUUCAACUGGUUUGCGACUCAUGGGACAUCUAUGAGCCGUACUAACACAUUGAUAAGUGGGGAUAACAAAGGAGCAGCAGCACGGUUUAUGGAAGACCGGUUAAAUAAGAAAGGUGUUGAGGAUUCGCUACCUGAUGAACUUGAGGCUGAAUCAUCACACCGAAGGGUGUCAAAUAUCAUUCCAGUUCUUAGUAAUCGUCACGAGUUGCUUGAGAUUGCUGCUAGCAUACAACCAAGUUCUGGAAAACCAGUUACGCGGUUACUCAGUGUUUCAAAACGUGUGAGAAGUGCUCUGAGACAGGCUGACAAGCCUAUGAUUGUUUCUGCCUUUUGUCAAUCAAACUGUGGUGAUGUUAGCCCAAAUGUGCUUGGUGCGUUUUGCACAGAUACUGGCCUGCCUUGUGACUUCAACCAUAGUACCUGUGGUGGAAAGAAUGAGUUAUGCUAUGGUCGGGGACCUGGUUAUCCCGAUGAGUUUGAGAGCACCCGUCUGAUUGGUGAGAGGCAAUUCAAGAAAGCCAUGGACCUCUUCAACGGUGCAUCUGAACUGUUAAGUGGGAAGGUUGAUUACCGUCAUGCAUACAUAGACUUCUCCAAGUUAGAUGUUACUAUUUCCAAGCAGGAUGGAGUUAACGAGGCAGUUCAUACAUGUCCUGCUGCAAUGGGGUUUGCAUUUGCAGCAGGAACUACUGAUGGACCUGGAGCAUUUGACUUUACGCAAGGGGAUGAAAAGGGGAAUCCUUUCUGGAGGAUGGUCCGGAACUUACUCAAGAAACCAGGAAAGGAACAAGUUGAAUGCCAAUAUCCAAAACCUGUUCUUCUUGAUACUGGAGAAAUGAAGAUUCCUUAUGAUUGGGCACCUUCGGUUCUUCCAAUUCAGAUCAUACGGAUUGGCCAGUUUGUCAUUCUUUGUGUACCCGGAGAAUUCACAACAAUGGCUGGAAGACGUCUCCGUGAUGCAGUGAAGACAGUUCUUCUAACCGAAGGGAAAGCAGAGUUCGAUAGUAGCACCCAUGUUAUUAUUGCUGGUUUAACAAACACUUAUUCCCAAUAUGUGACAACAUUUGAGGAGUACCAUGUUCAGAGAUACGAGGGUGCGUCGACACUGUUUGGUCCACAUACCCUGAGCGCCUACAUACAGGAGUUCAAGAAGCUUGCAUCAGCCCUAGUGGGUGGGCGAGCGGUGGAAGUGGGCCCGCGACCUCCAGACCUUCUAAACAAGCAAAUAAGCUUGCUAGCACCGGUCCUGAUGGACGGAACACCAUCUGGUGUGAACUUUGGAGACGUUAGAGAGGAUGUACCUUUCAAAUUCAACUCCACCUUCAAUAGAGGGGAAAAAGUGAAAGUAGUUUUUUGGUCAGCUAGCCCCAGAAAUGACCUCAUGACUGAAGGGACCUUCGCCCUCGUGGAGCGUCUUCAAGGGAGGGAUACGUGGAUCCCAUCUUACGACGACGACGAUUUCUGUCUUCGGUUUAAGUGGUCAAGGCCUUUCAGACUCAGUUCGAGGAGCCAUGCCACCAUAGAAUGGACUAUCCCGGAAACUGCUGUUUCAGGUGUAUACAGAAUAAGCCAUUUUGGCGCAGCAAAGUCUCUGAUGGGAGCUAUCAGACAUUUCACUGGUUCAUCUGCUGCUUUUGUUGUUGGAUAGAAGGAAGAUUUUCUCUUUGUGUUGUGUUUUCUUUGUUGUUGUUGUUAUAUGUAUAUUUAAAAUGUCUGUAUGAGACAAUUAUGAGGAUUGGGAUAAGGCUGGUGGAUCGCCAUAGGAAGUUAUGCUUUAAUCAAAUGCUUCUUCUCUUU